AUGAGCAAGGGCAAGAAGAAGAAGCAGGUGAAGCGAGUUCCCAAGCGUCCAAACGGAUGUUCCAGUUCCGUCUGGAUACAAAACCCAAGUCAAGAGGCCGCAGCGGUCACUGCGACGUCCGUAGCUCCUCCUUCUCCUCGUGAUAGCGCCAAUGGCUUCAUCGAGGGCCGUCACUUGCUGAGUUCAGACGGUUUGGCCGUGCGGCUUGAAAGCAGCAAGCAACGGGCGAUCGUCAAGCGCCUCAUGGCGCAGGCAGACGAGCAGGGACUUCAAGCAGGGGACAAACGUUUCGUGCUCUCGGCCAAGUGGUGGCAUCGCUGGUGCGACUACGUGCAGUACGAGGAGAGAGUUGACACGAAAGCUGCCGGAGGAGACACGUUGUCGCCUGGACCCAUCAGCAAUCGGUCGCUGCUCCAUGUGAGCGCCGAGACGCCGCUCGAUGAGCUCAUGGGCGGCCCGCUGCAGCCACAAUUGAAGGAGAAGCAUCACUACGUCCUCGUGCCUCAAGAAGUGUGGGACGCGCUGAUGGUUUGGUACGGUGGGGGACCGACUAUCGCACGCUUUGUUGUGCAGGUGCAGGGAGAUCCAGACCGUGGGAUCAAUGGCUAUAAUCGUGUGCACGUUUAUCCGGAGCAGGCGGAAAGUGAGCAGGAAGUCACUGCGAACGGCACGAGCGACAGCUUGAUGCAGCCAAAGAUUGAUGUGUGUAUAGCUGAAGCCGAUUGUGACAGUGAGGCGAACAGUUCUGCAGCAGGAACGGCGCUGCCUGUACAUCACAAGCCCAGCGCGGUGUCGAAUUCCAUUCCAAAGCUUUGUGGAGCUUGUCGCAAAACAACGGGAGCGCUGAAGCGUUGCGGCAGUUGCCACAUGGUUUGGUACUGCGACUUGGGCUGUCAGACUUCUCACUGGAAAUACCAUAAGAUGUUGUGCCGGUCUAAGCUUUCGGCUGAGGCGAAGAAAGACGGAUGUGUUCAGAAAAUGUCAGUGGAGCGGCGAGGUAAGAUGGGUCUCCGCAACCUUGGCAACACGUGCUUCAUGAACUCGGCGCUACAAUGCUUGAGCCACGUGGAAAUACUGACGCGUUAUUUCUUGAGCAACAAAUACAAGAAGGACUUGAACCGCGAUAACCCGUUGGGAACAGGAGGCAACUUGGCUGAAGAAUACGAUGGUCUGCUCAAGGAGUUGUGGUUCGGCACUGCACCUAGUACGUCGCCCGCCAAUUUCAAGCGAGCUAUCGGUCGAUUCGCCCCACAGUUUUCCGGAUUCCUACAGCACGACGCCCAAGAGUUGCUUGCGUACAUCAUCGACGGUCUGCAUGAAGAUCUGAAUCGCGUUAAACACAAGCCGUACGUUGAAGUGGAAGAGUCGGACGGAUCGCAAGACGAUGCGACUGUCGCAAAGAAGGCAUGGGAACGCCAUUUGCUGCGCAACGACAGCAUCUUUGUGGACCAUAUUCAGGGUCAGUUCAAGUCCACGGUCGUGUGCCCCGUUUGCAACAAGGUUUCGAUUACGUUCGAUCCGUUCAACUGCAUCCAGCUUGAGCUACCUCAGCAGCAAAAUCGCCGGAUUGAAGUCAUUUUUGUUCCAAACGAAUCAAGCAAGUCCAUGACCAGAUACCUUGUUGAAGUUCCAAAGAAAGGGAGCGUCCUGCAGCUGAAGCGGGCGUUGAGUAAGUUAUGCGGAGUGAGCCCCAGUGCUCUGUUGGCUGCGGAUAUCUAUCAGUCCAUGGUCUAUCGAGUUAUUGGCGAUGCCGAGCGGUUGGUACGAUUGCGAGAAGACGAUCGUAUUCUGAUGUACCAUUUGGACAACUCGCCUAGUGACGAACUCGUUUCGCACGGCUUUCUUUAUCACCGAGUUGGAUCCACGAUGACGGGUGACCCGUUGCUUUUCACCUACCGUACCUCUACAACGUGUGCUGAGAUGAUGGAUAAGUGGAUCGACUUACUGAACACACAUAUCUCACGCACACCAAUCGCUAAGCUUCCAAGCGACAUGCUAUCUCAAUGCGUAUACUUGACUGAUCGUGAUGGUGUAUAUUUGCGAAACGAGCCUGUUCCGUUGGCCGCGGACGCGAAGUUUUCGGAUUUCGCUACGCUGCACGAUGAGGAUAUGCUGAACGAGUCGGUGUUUGUAACAGUUGCUUGGUCACCGUCCAUGCUAUCCUCGCCAGCUUCUCCUCGUCCUGACAUGGAGCAAGUAAUAAAUCAUGAAAGUAUGUGCGUACAGGCGACUGAGCCUCGUCUACAUGAGGGCAUUUCCCUGGAUGAUUGCUUCCAGAACUUUGUGAAGCUUGAAACGUUGGAUCAGGCAAACUUGUGGUAUUGUAGUAAGUGCAAAGAGCACCGACAAGCGCACAAAACGAUGGAAAUGUGGCGGCUCCCGGAUGUGCUCGUGCUUUCACUAAAGCGGUUUGAGUAUCGCAACGAGGUGUUGCGUGACAAGCUUGACGUUUUCGUGGACUUUCCUCUCGAAGGUCUUGACAUGUCGCGAUAUUGUUUGGAAAAGAGCAGCGAUAAAGAUCACUUGAGCUACGAUUUGUUUGCAGUAAGUAAUCACUACGGAAGCAUGGGCUUUGGUCACUACACUGCUUUUGCCAAGAGCUGGAAAGACGGUGAGGGCGAGCUGUAUCCAGGCUGGUAUUCGUUUGACGACAGUCUCGCGGCACCAGCGAUGGUCAGCCAGGUCAAGUCGAACGCCGCCUACAUUUUAUUCUACAAGCGCAAGAAUCUUCAGACCGAGUAUACGGCCAAGUCAAGGCAGAUCUAA